AGAAGAGAGGAGAAGAGGAUAUGAAAGAAGAGGAGAGAGGAGAAAUCAGUAGUACUUCAUGUCUGCUAAUUUGAGUUGGAGUAAGAGACAACAUACACACAUUUGGAGACAACGCACACACAUUUCACAUCAAGAGUGUUUGCGGAGGAUCACCAGAAGUCCUGACAAGGUAGCUGUUGUAGAUGAUUGGCUAUCUGAAUGUCAACAGCCUCAAGCCCAAGCAGACCAAAGGUCGCCCCCAAACCCAACACCAGCUCCCGACCCCAGGUGCCCCCUAAGCCACACCCACGGGCGUCGAUAUGGCGACAGGACACAGAGGUCACCUUGAGGGGGGAAGAGGGUGAAGGCGCCAUGGAUCGGCUGCGGCAGAUGACCCGACACCAGUCGUUACCCACAGAGGUCAUUGCUAGGCACAGGUCCCUAGCAACACAGGUUAUUGCUAGGCAUGUGUCCCUACCUGCGGAGGUCAUCUGUACCAUGGCGUACAAUGCAGCAGAGGUCAACCCAUCAGGACAUCAGAACCCCAGUCAGGCCAAUCUGCUGCCUACCGCGACCAGAAGGAGACCUGCACCCAAACCUCCUGCAUCCAAGCCACCAACACCCACAUCGCGCAUGUCUAAACCUGCAACACCCUCAUUAGCAGUACCUAAACCAGUAGCACCCACAUCAAUACUAUCUAAACCACCCACACUCAAACCACCAGAAAACAAACCUAGAGUAUCAAAAAUGUCAGAGCUCAGCUCUCCAGAACUGACACCAUCGGCACCCACCUUAGUGAUACCUAAACCUGCAGCACCCACAUCACCUGUAUCCAAACCUGUGGCACACACAGAAUACAAACCUCCAACAAUCAGACUACCUGAAUUUAAAGUUCCCAAACCUACAGUGCCCAAAAUGUCAGAACUCAAACCUGCAGAAUCCAAAGCUCCAGAACCCAAACCACCAGUACUCAAGUCUACAGAACUCAAACCUCCAGCACCCAAUUCACUGGAAACUAAAUCUCCAGUACCCAAACCAUCAGAUCUGAAAGCUGCCGCAUUAGAGCGUAUCUCUGCACAACUCAAACCUGAAGAACCUGUGAAACCACCUGAACCUAAAGCUUCAUUGCCCAAACCAUCAUUGCCCAACUCCCCAGAACUCCGAUCUCCAGACUGCAAAUCUCCCAAUCCACUGGUACCAAAAUCUUCAGAACAUGAAUCUCCAGUACCCAAACCAUCAGAACACACAUCUACAGGAUCCAUACCAUCAGCUCUCAGUCCACCGGUACCUCGCGCUCCAGGAUCCAAACCCCCAGUCCCCAAACCUCGUCUACGCAGGACAGCAGCAGCCCUACACAGCAACCCCUCACUACCAGAGGCCAACCACUCAGGUGGAGGGAGAGCUGCCCCUGAAUCUUUCUCUGAUGGAGCAAAUCCUGCUGAGUGCUCUGGCAGAGAGAUAUCUGUCCCUGAAUCUCAAACUGAAGGAGGGAUACCUGUUCCUGCAUCUCAGCCAAGCAGUAGCAGCAGCAAUGGUGACUCUAGUGGGUCUCCCUUGGCAACCCCCACCUGUAGCACCUGCUGCCCCUGUGUCUGUCACCAUGGACCUGACACCAGGUAUGAUGCCCAUGCACCUGAUCACCGCUCACUUGAGACCAAACAUGCACCUGAGUCCAAGGCCAGGUAUGAUCAUUGCUCACUUGAUCAUCGCUCACCUGCUGCUAAAUCACCUGAGUAUAAGGCUUUGCAUCUUUGCACACUUGAAGCCCACUCACCUGAUUACUGUUCACCUGAAUCGACGUCCAUACAUGAGUCUAUGCCCAGGCAUGGCCAUUCACCUCAGCCUAUGCCCAAGGAUGCCCCCGUACCUAAUCACCACUCACCUGAGUCUAAGGCCAGGUAUGAUCACCACUUACCUGAUGACCACUUACUUGAUGACCCUUCACUUGAGUGGAAGCUCAUCUGCGAUGCCCACAAGCUGCCCCCUGUGCCCUCUGAGUGCCAGGAGGCCCCUUACCUGGAGUACUGGUACAUCGCCCAGCCAAAGAUGCCAGAGAACCAGCGGAGCCAGCAACGUAGCCCCCCCUCCAUCCCACUGCCCAGUUUGCCGCGCAUGGAGCUCCCACUGCCCAGUGUCCCAUGUAUAGAGAUGUCCAUCACAGGGGAAAGCAAAGAGCCUGAUGCACCUGAAGCAGUCUAUAUGGAGGUCACCUCGGACACUGAGGAACACACCUGUCUUCACACACACACAGAUUCCCCCUUGGACCCUGUGGAGAUGGCAUCAUAUAGGAGACAGUCUCCUCAUCCUCACAGGCAGCCAGAUUAUAAAAUGGCUGCCAGUAUUCCCCCAGAGCAUCAACAAGUGGACACCAGGACUGACACGGAUCCAAAGAAACACACUCAACCCACAGGCCUUAUCACUGACAUGGAUACUGACAAGCACUCUGGUCCCAUCGGCCUCAUCGCUGACACAGAGAGACAGUGCCGUCCCACAUCGCUCAUCAGUGAUGUGGACACUGACCCAGAGAAGGCCAAGGGCAAGAGGAACAGCUCUCCCCUCCUGAGCAGACUCUCCCCUCUGGCUCUCCUGCUCUUCCCCUUCCAGAGCAGACAGCAGGCCAAGAGAGCACACAGCCAGACAGGAGACGCUGCAACCACCUGUGGCCACACAUCUACACAGCUGGACAAGGGAGCAGCAGCACACAGCCAGACAAGCUGUGGACACACAUCUACACAGGAGAGCAAGCAAAAGCACAGGCAGACACUAGCAGACGAUACUACAACCACCCACAAACACACACCUACUCAGCAGAACAAAGGAGGACAGAGGCAGACACUAGCAAAUUCCAUGACAACCUGUCGGACGUCUAAUCGAGGCGACAGGUUACAACAACAACCAACUACCUGUGGACACACCUCAGCACUGGAACGGCUGACUUAUAACACUGACCUGGAUCUGAGCACAGACAGCAUAGACAUUGUUGGGUCGUCAUCCUCAGAAGAGGAGACUGAAGAGAGUAUACUGCAGAAGGAGGACCCAGAGGAGUGUGCUCUGGAUGACUCAAAGGUGCUGCCCAUGAGGGGGCGCUGUUUCAGUCUAGAGGGGCUGUGGCAGGAGCGCAGCAUUGUGAGGGAGAGGGGCAUCCUCAACCAGCUCAGUAGAGAACAGAUACUACUACAAGAGAGCCUUUAUGAGGUUGUCACCAGUGAGCGUUCAUAUCUGCGUAGCCUUGAUGUGGUGUGUGAGGUCUUCCUGGAGUCGAGUGAGCUGAGGAGUGUUUUGGAGCAGCGAGACAGCAAGAGCCUCUUCUCCGGGAUCCACAGGAUACGACAGCUCAGCCAGACGUUUCUGCAGGAGAUGUGUGAAGAGCUGAACUCUAAGCUGUUCUGCGACACGUGUGAGGUGAUUCAGAGGUACUCCACUGGCCCCUUCAGCACCUACGUGGACUACAUACGCAACAUGACCUACCAGCAGCAGACACUACGAAGCCUGGAACAGAGGAGUCCUCAGGUGUUUGAGGUGAUCAGGAGGCUGCAGGAGCACCCGCGCUGCAACCGCCUCUCGCUCAAGUGCUUCCUGGUCAUGCCCUUCCAGAGGAUCACACGACUCCGGAUCCUGGUGGAGGCCAUCCUGAAGAGGACAGAGCCGGGGUCACAAAGUCACGCAUCAGCACAGAGAGCCCUGAAUGGAGUCUGCAAGAUAGUGGAGGCCUGCAAUCGUGAGGUCGGAAAAAUGAAGCAGAUGGAAGAAAUUGUCCACAUUGCAAACAAAACUGAGUUUGAGUGUAAGGCUCUGCCGCUGGUGUCUUCAUCCCGUUGGCUCCUGAAGCAGGGAGAGCUGUAUCAGCUGGGCAGGAGGGAGAACAUCUUUGGCCAGAGGAGGCUCCACCCCCUUUACCUGUUCCUCUUCAACGACCUGCUGCUGCUCACCACGAGGAAAGGGCCAGAGCGGUUUGUGGUGCGAGACCACGCCCAUCGCUCCCUAUUGGACGUGAGUUGUGUGGAGGAGGAGGGGCUAGAGCUGGAGGGGGGAGGGGCAAACAGGGUGUUCCAACUGGCACUGCUAAAGAACCACAGAGGAGGCACCACACGCCUGCUGCUACAGGCACCGUCACCAUCGGAGAAGGCCAGCUGGAUGACCCUGCUGAGGCACAAAAAAGACGGAGAUGUGCAGAUAUAUGAGGAAUGGGACUGUCCCCAGGUCCAGUGUGUGAGUGCCUACCAGGCCCAACAUGAGGGGGAGCUGACGCUACAGCUGGGAGAUGUUAUUAAUGUGGUGCAGAAGACCACAGAAGGUCUUCUGGAGGGCUGGCGUGUGUGUGAUGGCGAGCGCGGCUGGUUCCCUGCGGCAUGCGUACUAGAGAUCCCUACUGAGCAUGUGCAGAGACGGCACCUACGCCAACGUUACCGUGUCAUGCAGGCAGCCAAUCGCGUGCUGAACCGCCGCCACGGACACGACAAGAGAGCCACUGCCUGCUUCCGUUGAUGAUAAGCUCACUUCCGCUGGCAUCCGUCACUUCCUGCUUCAUGUGACAUCACCACAUUCUAUAUGACAUCACACCCACCUCUGCUGCAUGUGACAUCAUUACGUUUUGGUCUCAUGAAAAGGACAAGGACCGCCUGUCUCCUGUAGACACCAAUAAUUAACCAAUCCCUUCACUAGCACACUAGGUAGACUUUCAGGAUAUUAGUUUUGGGUACAGUCAGUGUCUAUUACAUGUAUCUGUCUGUUCAUCAUGCCUGUUGUUGCCAUGCCUGUUGCCAAGCUGAUAUCUGCUUAAUUUAUUCCCAUGUUGUGAAUAUUCAGAGAUUCAGAGAUAAGUCGACUGUGAACCCAUGCGUUUUUGGUCAGCUGUUACACGAGUGUGAACCCACUGUAGUCCCAUGCCACUGAUCAGGACUGACUCUGUGGUUGAAAUCUUAAAAGCACUUUGCAGAUGUGCCAGCUAUGUCACUCUAUAAUAAAACAUUUCCAAGGGGCAAGAAAUGAAAGUAUAUUUUUCAUAGCAGAAUAGUUUUUUUUUAAAUUAUUUCAUACAUUUCAUAUUCCAAAGCAAGGUGCUGGUCAUCUUU